CACCCACCUCCGCGCGCCGGGCGCAGGCCGAGGGGGAGGAAAGACUCCUCCGUGGUCACCACUCUUUCUCGCCCUUUCCAAGAAUUUGUUUAAGGGAGCGCUGCGGGAAAGAGGACGUCUUCCCGAAUUCUCCAGCAGGGGCGGGGUCUACUGCUGCCCUGCGGAGCUGCCUCGGCUACCCGGCCCUCCGCGACGACCCCUGCCCGGCUGGGUCACUCCAGGAGACGGGAUCAUGAAGCGCUUGCUAGCCGCCUGGCUCUUGGUCGGGCUCAGCCUCGGUGUCCCUCAGUUCGGCAAAGGUGAUAUUUGUGAUCCCAACCCAUGUGAAAAUGGAGCUGUCUGUUUGCCAGGAUUGGCCGAUGAUUCCUUUUCCUGCGAGUGUCCAGAUGGCUUCACAGAUCCCAACUGUUCUAGUGUUGUGGAGGUUGCAUCAGAUGAAGAAGAGCCAACUUCAGCAGGGCCCUGCGUUCCUAACCCAUGCCAUAAUGGAGGAACCUGUGAGAUAAGUGAAGCAUAUCGAGGGGACACGUUCAUAGGCUACGUUUGUAAAUGUCCCCGAGGGUUCCAUGGGAUUCACUGUCAGCACAAUAUCAAUGAAUGUGAAGCUGAGCCAUGCAAAAAUGGGGGAAUAUGUACAGACCUCGUGGCUAACUAUUCCUGUGAGUGCCCUGGUGAAUUUAUGGGAAGAAAUUGUCAAUACAAAUGCUCGGGUCCAUUAGGAAUUGAAGGUGGGAUCAUUUCAAAUCAGCAAAUCACAGCUUCCUCUACCCACCGAGCUCUCUUCGGACUCCAAAAAUGGUAUCCCUACUAUGCACGACUAAAUAAGAAGGGGCUUAUAAAUGCCUGGACAGCUGCAGAAAAUGACAGAUGGCCAUGGAUUCAGAUAAAUUUGCAAAGAAAAAUGAGAGUUACUGGUGUGAUUACUCAAGGAGCCAAGAGGAUUGGAAGCCCAGAGUACAUAAAAUCUUACAAAAUUGCCUACAGCAAUGAUGGAAAGACUUGGGCCAUGUACAAAGUGAAAGGAACCAAUGAAGACAUGGUGUUCCGCGGAAAUGUUGACAACAAUACACCCUAUGCUAAUUCUUUCACACCUCCCAUCAAAGCUCAGUAUGUAAGACUCUAUCCCCAAGUUUGUCGAAGGCAUUGCACUUUGCGAAUGGAACUUCUCGGCUGUGAACUAUCAGGCUGUUCUGAGCCUCUAGGGAUGAAAUCAGGACAUAUACAAGACUAUCAGAUCACUGCCUCCAGCAUCUUCCGAACUCUCAACAUGGACAUGUUCACCUGGGAGCCCAGGAAAGCUCGGCUGGACAAGCAAGGCAAAGUCAACGCCUGGACCUCCGGCCACAACGACCAGUCCCAGUGGUUACAGGUGGAUCUUCUUGUCCCAACCAAAGUGACUGGCAUCAUUACACAAGGAGCUAAAGAUUUUGGUCAUGUACAGUUCGUCGGUUCCUAUAAACUAGCGUAUAGCAACGAUGGAGAGCACUGGACUGUGUACCAGGAUGAGAAGCAACGGAAAGACAAGGUUUUUCAAGGCAACUUUGACAAUGACACCCACAGAAAAAAUGUCAUCGACCCUCCCAUCUAUGCACGUCACAUAAGAAUCCUUCCUUGGUCCUGGUACGGGAGGAUCACCCUGCGGUCAGAGCUUCUGGGCUGCACGGAGGAGGAGUGAGGAGACCCCACUUUCCACAUCCCUCUUCUCUAUUUCCCUAAAAAGUAUCUCCAUGGAAUGAACUGUAUGAAAUCUGUAGGAAAUUGAAUGGAGUUUUUUUCAUGAAAAAGUGCUAAAAUUAUGGUAGGCCACUAACUGUCUUUCUAAGAAGGUCUAAGCCUGCCUUUUCAAUGAUUUAAUUUGAUUUUUAUUAUUCAAAUAUUUUAAGUAACAUCGCAUUAACUGUGAAUUACUUUGAUCAUGUUUUCUGAUUUAUUCACAUCGAUUGAAAUAUAUUAGUGAAAGAAAGUAACAUUUUUAU